AUGACUGUCUUCAUUGCUUCUCUAUUCCUCCCCAAGACCAUCCGGUUCAACCUCCCGGGUACUCCUCCGCGGGCAGAGAUUCCUGAGAAGCGCGCAUUCGAGACACAGUCGAGCCGGAAACCCAAGAGGGAGACUCUUGACCGGCAGCCCAGUCUCUUCAAACCCCAAUCCGACAUCACCCCGCCCGAAACCCCUGUCGAGGAGCUGAAUAACCUCGAUCCGUUUUCUAAUGAAGAUGGCGUGCGAAUCGGCCUCUCCAAGGACGAGACCACCCUCCGAGCACCGGCUGAUCGAGGCUCUCCCACCUGGGGUGCGCGAAAGGACCAGCCCAUGUCGCGAGCCAGCUCGCCUCCUCCCGCGCUGCUAGAUGGCGACAGAAACCUCACACAGAAGGCGCGCGAGCUGGGCCGCCAAGGCAUCAUGCAACCUCGCCCUUUCGUUCGCAGCGACAGCCACGACCGCGUGUUCGCCACGGCGAACUGGCGGGUGGUCAAUGCCGACCAGGGCAAUGGCGGACUGCGCAACGCCGCCGAAGCCGCCUCCCGCGAGGGCAAACUUUGCGAUUACACGUGGGUCGGCACGCUGGGCAUGCCGACCGACGCGCUCGAGGGCACGCAGCAGAAGCAGGAUAUUGAGGACAGGCUUGCCACCGAGCACGACAUGUUGACCGUGUGGUGCUCCGACAAAGAUUUUGACGGCCACUACGUGCACUUUUGCAAGCAGAUCCUGUGGCCCAUCUUCCACUACCAGAUCCCCGACAACCCCCGCAGCAAGGCAUACGAAGACCAUUCCUGGAAGUACUAUGUGCGCGUGAACCAGGCCUUUGCCGACAAGAUUGUCAAGAACUGGAAGCGAGGUGACGUGAUCUGGAUUCACGACUACCAUUUGCUGCUCCUACCCGGCAUGCUCCGGCAGAGGCUACCGGACGCCAAGAUUGGCUUCUUUCUUCACGUGGCCUUCCCUUCUUCCGAGAUCUUCAGGUGUCUUGCUGUACGUAAGGAGGCCCUCGAGGGUAUGCUGGGCGCAAACCUCAUCGGCUUUCAAAUCCACGAGUACACUCGGCACUUCUUGCAGACCUGCAGUCGGCUACUGAGUGCCGAGGCCACGAGCGACGGGCUCCAAUUGGAAGACCGCUUCGUCGAUGUCAUCCAUCUCCCGAUAGGCAUCGACCCCGUCCUGCUCAACGAGCACCGCGAGGAGGAGGAAGUGAAGCAGUGGCUCGAUGUCAUGCGCGAGAGAUACCAUGGCAAGAAGCUCAUCGUCGCCAGAGACAAGCUCGACCACGUCCGCGGCGUGCGACAGAAGCUGCUCUCCUACGAACUGUUUCUUAACAAGAACCCGCACUGGAGAGGCAAGGUUGUCUUGAUCCAGGUCGCACUCUCCACCAGCGAGCGCAACGAACUGGACGCGACCGUUUCCGAUAUUGUCACGCGUGUCAACUCCAUGUGGGCGAAUCUCGCUUAUCAACCUGUUGUUUAUUUGAAACAGGAUAUCGACUACGCCCAGUACCUGGCCCUCUUGACGGUCGCCGACGCCCUCAUGAUCAGCAGCCAGCGCGAAGGCAUGAACCUCACUUCUCACGAGUACAUCUUUUGCCAAGAUGGCAGGGACUUUGAAAAGAAGCACGGCGCUCUGAUCCUCUCCGAGUUUACCGGGACUUCGGAGCUCUUUGCGGGCAACGAGCUCGCCAUCAAUCCCUGGGAUUAUCAGUCCUGCGCCGCGGCGAUCAAAAAGGCGCUCGAGAUGGGCGAUGAGGAAAAGGAUGCGCGCUGGGCCAAGCUCUACGAGUCUGUCAACCACCACACCGGGGCACACUGGUUCACCGAGUUCCUGUCGCGUCUGGACCGCGUCUACGACGAGCAGCACCGCCGCGACCAGACUGUCGUACCUCGGCUGUCGAUGAACGUCUUGGCGCAACAGUACAGGCGAAGCGAGAGGAGGCUUUUCAUCCUCGACUACGAGGGCACACUCGUCAGCUGGGGCCCAAUGAAUAAGAUCAUCCCGGUCAGCCCGCAACGCACCCUGGAUGUGCUCACGGAGCUGGCACUGGACGGGCAAAACACCAUCUACGUCAUGUCUGGACGGCGCCCCGAGGAGCUGGACCGGCUCUUCCGAAGGGUUCCCAACCUCGGCCUCAUCGCCGAGAAUGGGUGCUUUCUGAAGGAGUGUGGCGCGGAGAGCUGGAUCGAGAUGGCGGACCCCGCCCAGAUUCGCAGCUGGAAGGAGUCGGUCAAGCAGAUCAUGACAUACUAUCUGGAGCGGACUCCCGGCGCCGAGAUUGAAGAACGCCGGUGCUCUCUCGUGUUUCACUUCAAGUCUGCCGAGGACUACGAAUCGGCAGCUCGAUCGGCCAGCGACUGUGCAUCGCACAUCAACGAUGCUUGCGAGGAGCAGCGUGUCCACGCCAUCCCGCUCGAUGGCUCCAUCCUCGUGGAGCCGCUCGAUUGGACUAAGAGCACAGCCGCCUCACAGAUCUUUGACAACAUGCGGAGCCACAUGGGUUCCGACGAGGAGCACAAGACGGCUGUGGACUUUUUGAUGGUCGUCGGCGACGGCCGAGAGGACGAAAAGGUCUUCAAGUGGGCCAACGGCCUCGGCGAGGACAAGGUGGUCAAGGACGUGGUGACGGUCAGCCUGAGCAGCAGGAAUACGGAAGCCGGCGCGACACUGACGCAGGGUGUGAGCGGUAAGUGCAACGAUGCUCCGCGCCCCCUUCGUUCCCUAUUCCUCGUCGACACCGAGCCCGAACUCGCCACGGAUGCCGGGUUGAUGCGCGUGGGUUGGUUUUUGGAAAGCGUUUACUGA